AUGGAGAUAACCUGGUUAACCUAUAAUAUGUCUACAAUAUAUAAUAAUAAAAGUAUGUAAAACAUAUACGUUUUAUAUUAUAAUAAUUAUAAAAAAGUCAGGAAAAUAGUUUAUUCAAAGGGUUUAUAUUCACUUGCGAGUAAUUUCUAUCUUUAUUUUAAUCUGAAGAAGUUUAAAAUGUGGUAAAAUGAAUUUUUGAAAAUAUGGAAACUACUAUUGCCCAAAAUAUUUGUUUAAACUUGCCUUUGGGCUUUACUGAGGUAGAAGUAAAUGUUUCAAAUGAUACCAAUAUAGAAGAAUUGAUAUACAUUUUAAUUAAUGAUAAUAAAGUUCCUGUUUACUUGGAGAAAGAAUGCUACAAAGAAAUAGAAAAACAUCUAAGAGAUCAUGUAGAUAAUAACUACAAUUUGGUAACAGAUAAAAUAAUCCAGGAUGCUAAAAGUAAUACAAUUGAUGUAGAGGAAAUUAUAAAAGAAUGGGAAAAAAUGAUAAGAGAAGAAACUGCCGAAUUUGGAGAAAAAGUCUGUGCUUCUGAUGAGGAGCUUUUUGCUUUGGCUUAUCAUAAAUUAGUACACUCUCCUGCUCUAGAAACCAUGUUACAAUUAGAACAUACUUACGCUCAAACAAUUAGACAUAGAGUGGACGAAAGGGAUCGACAAAUUAAAAGUUUAUCAGAUAUCCAGACAGAUGAAAUGACAAAAGCUGUAGAUAGAUUAGAAGAUGAAGACAUGAAUGAAAGAAAAAUAAAUGAAAUUGCUGCUAGGCACUUCGAAGAUCAUUCUUUUCUCAGAGUGCAGUUAACAAGUGAAUUGGAAACUUUAAAAGAAGCCCAAAGAAGGGAAUACAGAGAGUGGAUAAUGCAAAUAUUGGAACAAAAUCAAGCAAAGGGCUCACUUCCAACACCCAAAAGCUCGCCUCUAUCUCCUUCUUUAUCAACAGUGAUGUCAUUCAGAGAACCUUGUGGCUUUGAUAACGAUUUGCAAAAUCUGUAUUUGAAUGAAGAAAGUUUCACUAUACAUUUGGGAUCUCAAUUAAAACAAAUGCAUAACAUAAGAGUCCUUACAGCUGAUGUUAUUGAUUUAUGUUCAAUAAAUGAAACUUGUUUAGAACCUACACCACAAUUAUUGCAAACAUCACUUGCUUUAUAUUCCAAUGAUUUAUCUGGUUUAGUACUAUUAACUGAUCCUGUAGUUGGAACAUGGUUUACAACAGGAUUUUCAAGUAUAUGUCAACGUUCAACAGAGUUUCACUUUCCUCAUAUAGAAGAUCAAUAUGAAGCGAUAAAUAACGUGAUAAAAAAUCAUUUAAAGGAUGGCAACAGUAAACUUUUGCAGCCUGGUGAUUUUUAUAUAACCAGGCAUUCAAAUUUACCAGAAGUGCACGUGGUAUUUCACAUGGUAACUGAUGAUCGACUGAAAUCAGCGGAUAUCAAUAGCAGGAACGCAGUCAUUCUAGGUCUUAGGAGCAUAUUAAAAGUGGCUUGCUCAUAUGACAUUACUUCUUUGACUAUUCCAUUACUCUUGCAGUAUGAAAUGACAGAGGAAAUGACAGUAGCAUGGUGUACCAAAAGGGCAGAACUUGUAUUUAAAUGUGUAAAAGGCUUCAUGAUAGAAAUGGCCUCUUGGGGUGGUUCAGAUCUUAAAAAUUUGCAGUUUCUUCUUCCACGGGGAUUAUCACAUGAAGUUUUUCAAUCAUUAACUGCAAUGUUGCCCAGUAUAUUUAAAGUUUCAAAUCCAUUAAUUUUAAAAUCUACUUGAUUAUGAAUACAUAAUCAAAUUGUUACAUGUUUCGUAAUUUAUUAACAGUGUACCUACUUAGACAAAUGUUUUCUUGUCUCACAAUAUUUUUUCACUGUAUGAACGAUAACGUAAAACCAUCAGAAUUAGUUUCAUAAAUA